AUGCACAUUGUAGUAAACGAAGCCGCAGACUUCUUGGCUACAUGUGCUGCCGUGCAGGCACCGUCUCUUUUGUCAUCCAAAAAGCGACGAAUGAUCCAAGUUGAUCUGGGGGGCCUUCGCGACCCGCUUCUGGGUGGGGCUGUCCUCACGUCCCUACUUUGGUUGCUUUUUCGUUUCGCAUGCCUUGUUAAAGUGCCUACGAAAACCCUCUCACAAAAGCUCGGAUUAGGUCCCUCAGUGAAGCCACGGCCUGUAAUCGAGCAACUGUCGGAUACUCAAGCGGUGCUUUGCUGGGACUGCGACGACAAAAAGAGCAUUGUCAAGCAUUUUGUCGAACUCGAUGAUUCCAGGAUUGAUGUGGGGAAGGGCCCAAAUUUCGUCACCCUGGAGAACUUGUUGCCCAAUACUGCAUACACGGCCAAAGUGUACGCAGUGGGGAGCAAUGAUAUCAAAAAAUACGGCGUUAUCAAGUUCAGAACAUUGAAAUCAUCUGACGAUAGGGCACAGUCUCUCCUGAUACAAGCCAAUACUGGCCCUACCGCUCGUGAGCAAGAAAUGCUUUUGAACGGGUUACAAGCAGAAACACUUGAAGUACAGCAACACCAAAUCAAGCUGAACCAAGCAUUUGUAAUUGAGCAUGCCGAGCUGAAGAAGCAGCUUGCAAAACUCAGUGAAGAAAAGCGAAGUGCUGAGCAACUCCGAGCCCAGCAACGCGUAGAGAUGAAGACCUUAGAAGAAACCAAAAGAUCACUUGAGCUUGCCAAAGAGAAAGCCAAAUCAAGAUACACUGGGAUACAGGCUACGUUCAACGAGCAGCAUUCUACUCAGAACCGUUGGACAACCGAGAUUGAGAAUUGGCAAAAAGCAAAAGACCAGUUGGAGAAAACCAAAGAGCAAAUGGGACAGAAACUCGAGACCGAGAUUCGCGAACUGACCGAAAAAGAGCUUGAGCUCCGCACCGAAAUUGAGGCGAAAGAGCGAUGGAUCAUCAACCAAACAUCUAUGAACAAUGCAGCUCGUGCAAGCCAUGCAGACUUCAAGAGUCGUCUUGAAAAACUCCGCAAAAAGACGGACCUGGCAACUGGAGAGGUAGCUCAGGACAUUCUUGAUAAAGUCACUGUGGACGCACAUGAUCCUACCUUGAUCGACUUUCUCGUUGCAGAUUACGCCCAAGAUGCCGCGCAAGAAAAGCAGUGGAUCGAGACGCAAAAGGUCUAUGAAUCGCAAUACAUCGAAGCUUAUCUUGAGUAUGAAGAGGCUUCGGGGAAGCUCCGGGAAGCUCAGGCGCAGGCACAAGCCCACGCAAAAGCUAACGUCCACCGAGCAUCGGCCAGUAUUGCUAGCUCGGGUUCCAACAGAUCUUUGUCGUCAAUGGUGUCACACACCCCCACGAUGGGCUCUUACUCUGGUGUGUUUUCGCCGACGCCGGUCAAUAUGGGAUCUUCAUUAGCAUUGAGCCCAGUGAGCUCAGCCCAGGCUGCAGAUUAUCAGUUUGACAGUCCAGCCCUCCACUCUUGGCUAGCUCCUCGCGUCUCCCUUGAAUCUUCUCGCUCGAGUAGUAUAUUUUUCGGACCGACCGCUCCAGCUCACCAGGACCUUCCUGUGAUAAGCCAGGAUGAAGAACCGAGUGACACGGACACUAGUUCUGAAACCAAAAGUCCACGGAAAAAGAAGUCGUUUUUCACUUUGGAGCACAAUCGUAAAUCAUUGGUUCGCCGACUUAGUAUCUUCCCUAAAAAGGACGAAAAGAAAGAGGAAAGUGACGGGUCUUCUUCUAUAGAUCGCUCAGACACUAUUUAG